AGCUGAUAUCAAACGAUCCAAGAACGUUAAACAAAAACCAAGUGCCAACAUGCGUAUUCUGCUCGUCCUCUCUAUUGUUCUGGCCGUGAUUCUCGGCUGCAGUGCCUACAGUGCCACCUGGGGCCGAAGGAACAACAAUGAUUACCUGCUGUCCCGCACCACAGAGGCCCGUAAUCCAGUCAAGAACAACUACUGGAAUUUGAAUGUCAACUAUCCAGCUGGAUUCUAUAACAUCUCGGCCGUGAUCGUCUACGACAACUUCAAGAACAACUCCGGCGCCAGCCCUAGCCUGUACUCCGGCGGUCCGGGUUAUCGCUUUGCCACUGUUAACCUCCGAGGACAGGUCAGCCGCGGAAUUAACUCCACCGUCGAGGUCUGGGGACGUUAAGUGAUCAUUAGAAUCUGUUAUGACUAAAUAAAAACUAUGGAAUAUUAACUGAAA